UUGCUAAGACCGGCGAAGUUCGACUUCAUUCUAGGAUCACAACAGCUUAUAGAUCGACAUACACAAGAGUUACACGCCUGGAAUCCGGAUGAUCGGUCUUUAAAUAUAUUCGUUAAAGAUGACGAUUGUUUCACAUUCCAUAGGCAUCCUGUGGCUCAAAGUACUGAUUGUAUACGUGGGAAGAUGGGAUAUACGACAGGCUUUCAUGUUUGGCAAAUGGAAUGGCCACAACGACAGCGAGGAACACAUGCCGUAGUAGGGGUGGCAACAAAGGCUGCUGCACUUCAUGCUAUGGGUUAUACGUCGUUGAUAGGGACGAAUACCGAAAGUUAUGGAUGGGAUCUUACUCGUGGUGAAUGUCAUCAUGACUCGAAGAAUUGUGCUUCAUGGCAGUAUCCAACAGGAGUACCAUUACGGCCUUUUUACUGUAUUCUGGAUAUGGACGACGGCUACAUGGCAUUCGCUACCGAUGAACACUACUUGGGUGUUGCGUUCCGAAAUCUCCAAGGACGAACAUUGUAUCCGAUAGUAUCCGCUGUUUGGGGACAUUGUGAAGUGACAAUGAAAUAUCUUGGCGGAAUCGAACGUGAGCGACCAAAAUUUGAACCAUUACCAUUCUCACCAAUUCUUCUUGAUGAUCGGCUGAAUGAUUCCAUGUCAUUAACUUAG